GAGAACUGGGUGCGGGGUGUGGAGAGAACUCAGGAAGACCGCCUGAGAAGAGCAGCACCGAGGACAGCUCCCGGCAGCGCCCGCCCCCGUCUUCCUCCGCAGAUCUCUUUCACACACACAAACACACACACACACACACACACACACCACACACACACAAACACACACCCUGAGGUUUUUGCUCACCCCACACUCGCACUGACACACACACACGCAUACUCAUACACGCACACACUCGUCUGUACAAUGGCAGAAUCCCACCUGCAAUCCUCCCUGAUCACAGCCUCACAGUUUUUCGAGAUCUGGCUUCAUUUCGACGCAGACGGAAGUGGCUACCUGGAAGGAAAGGAGCUGCAGAACUUGAUUCAGGAACUCCAGCAAGCACGGAAGAAAGCUGGAUUGGAGUUAUCACCAGAGAUGAAAACCUUCGUGGAUCAGUAUGGGCAGAGAGAUGAUGGAAAAAUAGGAAUUGUAGAGUUGGCUCAUGUAUUGCCCACAGAAGAGAACUUCCUGCUGCUCUUCCGAUGCCAGCAGCUUAAGUCCUGUGAGGAAUUCAUGAAGACAUGGAGAAAAUAUGAUACUGAUCACAGUGGCUUCAUAGAAACUGAGGAACUUAAGAACUUUCUAAAGGACCUGCUGGAAAAAGCAAACAAGACUGUUGAUGAUACAAAACUAGCUGAAUAUACAGACCUAAUGCUGAAAUUAUUUGAUUCAAAUAAUGAUGGGAAGCUGGAAUUAACUGAGAUGGCCAGGUUACUACCUGUACAGGAGAAUUUUCUUCUUAAAUUUCAGGGAGUCAAAAUGUGUGGGAAAGAGUUCAAUAAAGCUUUUGAGUUAUACGAUCAGGAUGGCAAUGGAUACAUAGAUGAAAACGAAUUGGAUGCUUUACUGAAGGAUCUGUGUGAGAAGAAUAAACAGGAUCUGGAUAUUAAUAAUAUUCCAACAUACAAGAAAAGCAUAAUGGCUUUAUCAGAUGGGGGGAAGCUGUACCGAACGGAUCUUGCUCUCAUUCUCUCUGCUGGAGACAACUAGAGUUGGUGACCAUGACCAUUUACUAGCGAUACAUUGUAUCUAACAAUAACUGUGCACUGUAAGGGAGUAGGCUGUAUUUUCUUUUGUAUCUGUAAAUUUAACUGCAUUUAGAUGAUUACCCAGGAUGUGUGGCACAUUCUUUUCAGCUUGUUUCUACACUGUUUGUAAUGUACAGUUUUUGUAACUACAUGACUGAAAAAGGAGAAAGUCUCAGCUUAAGCCAGUCAAUAGACCCAACUGAAAAAAAAAAUAACUGAACAUAUUCUUGCUUUCAUAAAUAUAGUUGGACAAGAUUCCCCUGAAAAUUUCACUAGGAUUAAUCUCUAAAAUUCUAGUCUCUGAUGUGUAAAUGCACAUUUGUCACUAAUGAGGAGAAUUAUACCUAACAAGUUACCAUUUCAGACAAUCACAGGUCUGUCCCACAAAAUAGUUUUAAGCUGUAUUUCCAGUUAUUAGGAAGAAUGUGCUUUUGCAUCUAAAAUACCAAAAUAUCAAUCAAUAGUUAGUUAUUCGUGGCUCUAUGAGGUUAACAGUCUCACUAGACAAGACUUAGUUAAUUAAUCAACAACACGUCUAUGCUUGAAUCCAUACCAAGCUAUUGGUUCAAGUUAAUCUGAUGACAAGGAAAGGUAGCACAGAUGACACAAAUCUGUCUGAUUCUACAUCUGUAUUUCCAAGAAGCCUACUGUCAGAGAGUAUGACCUUAAUCCAUUUUCUAAACUGUUUUCACGUGUUGCAGAUUAUAAUUAUUCUAGUCAACUGCUGUUUUUAUGUCCUAUUGUGUGAUCUCUGAUUAAAUUAUAUAUGCCUAGUAUCCUGGUGUCUACUUUGCAUACUUCCUGGAUUUUCUUCCUAUGUAGGACUGUCCGUUUCCACCAAGGGUAUCUGCUGCCUCUGAAAAUAUUUUUUUCUAGCUAUAACAACUCUAUUUUUUACUACAUAAUUAAAUUUUAAUGUAAAAUUCAUAGCACCCUGAUUGUUGAAUGUUAUAUCAUCAAUAAUUUUGUGUAUUCUGUGAAUUCUAUAUAUUUCGUAUUGCGAUCAGCAUUCAAGAUAGCUCUAUUUCUAUCUGCAAAUAGUUUCAAAUGAGUUAAAAAUAACAUCUGAAGAGAAAUACUAAUGUAAUCAUUUAACCUAUUUAGCAAGGGAGAUUUUAUGGUCUUUUGAUCUACAUCCAAGUCAGUUUCAUAGAUUUGUAGCUAGAACAUCCUGUUACUGGUUACACUUGACAUGUAAUGGGUGGUAAUUUGACGCUUUGAUUGUGAAGCAAAGAGCUAAGAGACAUGUGUCUGUAUGAAAUUUAUAAAGUUACCGCCAAAGAGUUAAUGGCUGUGGGUCAGUUUAAAUGUCCCCAACUCUAUAAAUUCAGCACUACUUUUCUCAAUUCAUAGAAAUCACAAAACAGAAUAAAAGUGAAGUAUCUCUUUCCCCCAAGGAUGAACAGAAAAGAGACUUGCCAAAAAAUAAAAUUUAACAAAUGAUGUGUUAGAUUGGCUUUGCUUCUGGUGUGUACAUGGAAGCACUGACCUUAGGUUGAAUUUAACAACUAAGAAUAAAUAAAGAGGAAAAUAACUUUAA